AUGUCGCUCCCAUGCUCUCAAAUCCAAAGAGCAUGCCGCUUCUGCAUCAAAGAAGACGAAAUAAAGGCGCGGAAGCAUGAGCGUGAUGUCAAUUUGGAGAAAAUCCGACAAAAGAAGCAAGCUCUUUACGCCCAAGAAAUUGCAGAAGCCCAAGAUGAAGCUUCUUACUUGAGGCGUUUGCGCAGAGACGAAUUUGAUGAUGCGGAACGAGCUAAAGUCCUUCAGCAGCAUCGACAAGAGAUCCAGAACUUGAAGACUGGUUCAAAACCACAGAAUGCUAGCCCAGAGCGCAAAGACAAGAGAGUGAGCUCUCUCAAUCGAGACUCUGUUGAGAAAGAUCCCGAGACGCCUUCUACCAAAGAUUCCAAGAGCCAAGAUGAGGUGACCCCGAGCAUCACGACUCGCCAAACCAUGCCGAAUAAAAAACCAUCGGGCGCCAAAGAUGAUUGGAUCCAUCAGAAGACCACGUACCUGGCCCAAAGUCAGGAAAUUGAUCAGCUGAUGGAUAUGGUGGGCUUGGAGGCAGUGAAAGUGAAAUUCCUGGCCAUCAAGUCCAAAGUCGACACUUCUAUUCGCCAAGGUGUGAGUUUAGAUCGCGAAAGAUUUGGAUCUGUUCUACUCGGUAAUCCAGGGACUGGCAAGACGACUGUUGCCCGUCUCUAUUCUAAGUUCUUGGCAGCUAUGGGAAUCAUUCCGGGGCAGCAUUUCACCGAAACGACUGGUUCCAGGCUUGCCAAUGACGGUAUCUCUGGGUGUCAGAAAAUCAUCGACACAACACUGAAAGAGGGUGGAGGAGUCAUAUUCAUUGAUGAGGCUUAUCAGCUUGUGUCCGGGAACAGCUCUGGCGAGAGAGUUCUUGAUUUUCUUCUGGCAGAGGUGGAGAGUCAGACCGGGAAGAUUGUCUUCAUUCUUGCUGGAUACGAUCGUCCAAUGGAAACCUUCUUCAGUCAUAACCAAGGGCUCCCGAGCCGUUUCCCCCAUCAGCUGAAGUUUGAGGACUUUGAUGACACCGAAUUGAUGGAAAUCAUGCAAUCCUGGAUUGAAAAGACCUACAAAAAGCAGAUGAAAGUCGAUGGUGGGCUUGGAGGGCUCUACUGUCGUAUUGUAGCCCGACGAAUUGGACGCGGGCGAGGCCGUGAAGGAUUCGCGAAUGCAAGAGCUGUGGAGAAUGCCAUGUCAAAAGUUGCCGAGCGACAGUCCGAAAGACUCAGUCAACAGAGACGGCAAAAAGGAUCACAAGUUGACGACUUCUUUCUUGAGAGACACGACUUGAUUGGCCCAGACCCAUCUCGAGCACUAAAAACAUCCAAAGCAUGGGAGAGGCUACAGGCUAUGAUUGGACUGAGCGCCGUGAAAAAGACCGUCGAGGCUCUUAUGGACACCAUGAGCUACAACUUCCAACGUGAGCUCGAUGAACAACCUUUACUGGAGUAUAGCCUCAAUCAAGUCUUCCUCGGAAAUCCGGGAACCGGAAAGACAACGAUAGCAAAGAUAUAUGGCCAAAUACUCGUGGACAUUGGAUUCUUGUCAAAUGGCGAAGUGAUCGUGAAGAAUCCAUCCGACUUCGUUGGCAGCGUGAUAGGAGAAUCCGAGAAAACAACAAAGGGAAUUCUUGCUGCCACACUCGGAAAGGUCCUGGUGAUCGACGAAGCGUACGGCCUCUUCGCCGGGGGAACCUCGGAUGGCAUGGGGGCCAGAAGCGACCCAUACAGGGCUGCUGUGGUAGACACCAUUGUUGCGGAAGUCCAGAGUACACCCGGUGAAGACAGAUGUGUUCUUCUUCUGGGCUACGAAGACAAGAUGCAGUCAAUGUUCCAAAACGUUAACCCAGGCUUGAGCCGCCGCUUUCCCAUGGAUCAAGCUUUUGUCUUUGAGGAUUUCACCGAGAAAGAGUUGAGCUGUAUCCUUGAUUUGAAGUUGGGAGAGCAAGGAUACGGAGUCACUGACCGGGCUCGUCGAGUGGUUUUGGAAAUGCUCGAGCGAUCUCGAAAUCGACCUCAUUUUGGCAAUGCGGGCGAAGUUGAUAUCCUGCUCAACGCGGCAAAGAUGCACCAUCAGAAACGACUCUCCUCCAACAGAUCCACCAAUCGGACCAGUGAUGCUCUGCUGGAUGCCAUUGACUUUGAUGAGAAUUUUGAUCGCGCAGACAACUCUGACUCUAGUAUCUCAAAGAUGUUUGAAGGGGUGGUAGGAUGCGAAGACAUCAUUUCGAAGUUGAAGGGGUACCAGAAAAUUGUGAAAGAACUCAGGCAGCUGAAAAUGGAGCCUCGAGAACAUAUACCCUUCAACUUUGUUUUCAGAGGCCCACCAGGAACUGGGAAGACAAGUACGGCCAGAAAGAUGGGCCAGGUCUACUACGACAUGAACAUGUUGACUUCGAACGAGGUGAUUGAAACCUCCGCAACAGACUUGAUCGGCCAAUAUAUCGGACAAACUGGCCCUAAGACCCAAGCAGUCUUGGAACGUGGUCUUGGGAAAGUUCUCUUCAUUGAUGAAGCAUAUCGUCUGGCAGAUGGCCACUUUGCCAAGGAAGCAAUGGAUGAGCUUGUGGACUGCCUAACCAAGCCUAAGUUCUUCCAGAGAAUGAUCAUCAUCCUUGCCGGCUAUGAUGCAGAUAUCAACCGGCUAAUGUCCAUCAACACUGGCAUGACUAGUCGAUUCCCGGAGUCGCUUCAAUUCGACCCUUUGUCUUCGCAAGACUGUAUCAGCCUGCUUUUACAGAGACUUUUGAAGAUGAAGAAUGAUAUGUCUCCCAAUUCGAGCGUGGUAUUUGACAUCAAUUGCCUGCAAAGCCCAGAUGCCGGGUUUGAGAAAGAGAUGACACAGCAUUUUGAAACUCUGUCCCGAACUGCAAGCUGGGCAAAUGCACGAGACAUCGAAACUCUGGCAAAGUCUAUCUUUGGAAAGACCCUACGGUCAAUCUCGAUGGAAAAUGGAAAUAAGCUUCUCCUCACAAGAGAGGCUGUGAUUGAGCAACUGAUUUCCAUGAUAGAUGAGCGUCGCAAACGCGAAGAUCAUUCCAACCAGAGCCUCAUAAAUCCGAAUGGAGGGCAAAUCCUACCUCUUCGUCCACGAGCCUUGGAUCAGCCACCACCCCAGCUUGACAGCCAAGAUUCCAUGCAGACAAACCAGAAAACAGGCACUAAAACCAAAGUGCUGAUCAAUUCUGACACAGAAAAUCAGGCCAGUCUUUCUGAACGUGAUGCUGAUGUGACGGACGAAGUCUGGAACCAGCUGGAGAAAGACAAGGCUGCAGCUAAGGCAACGGAAGAGGAGUAUGAGCGUUCAAGGAGCGACUUGAAAGAGCAAGAGAAGAGGAUCACAAUGUUGAAAGAGGAAGAGGAAAAUGUCAAGAGAAAACUCGAAAAGGCCAAGAUUGAAGCAGAUGAACAAUCGAGAAGAGAACACGAACAAGCUCGAUUGAGGCACGAAAUGAAGCGCAGAGAGGAAGAAGAGGUUGCAAGAGAGCUUGAAAGGAAGCGACAGAUUAUGGAAGAGGCUCGACGAAAGGAACAAGCCAAUCAGAUGAAGCUCAAGACAAUGGGCGUCUGUGUUAUGGGGUACCGAUGGAUCAAACAGAGUGGUGGAUAUCGAUGUGCCGGUGGCAGCCAUUGGGUUUCGGAUGCCCAGCUACAAUGA